UCCUCGCCCUUUCGGAAGCGAUUAAAUGCCAGACUCAGCAAACUGAAACGAAAGUAAACGAUUGUUGCAGCAGAGAAAAGAACGAAACGCAUCGCAAUCGCGAUCAGAAACAAAGCAGAAAACCGUCGAGUGAAAACCAUAGAAAGGUCACCCACAAACGUACAGCGCUGGCCUACCCGCAGUUGCAGCAGUUUUCGCUGAGUGUUUCGCCAUUGGGGAAAUAGAAAACGGUGGUGUGGUGUACGCGUUCCAUGUGCAGAAGAGCUAGGCGUGUGGACACGGAAGCGUAGUGGGGUGUGUUAAAGCAACAACUCUCCAGACCUGCAUCCAGCAGCUGUAUCUGUUGUAAAGGAAAAGCAAGCCGACGCUAACGAAGCAGAACGCCUGUGUAUCAGCGUAAUUAUCUCGCGUUUGGUACAGCUGCAACAAAGGAAGGAAAUAAGCCAACACACGGGGGAAGUAGCGAAGGAGCGGCUACAUCUAUUCUCCAUCUCCGAUUCGUGCGCCACCAGUGUGUGCGGAUUGGCCAGUUAAAGAAGGGACAAAUCUGUUAGAAGGGAAGCGCUUCGCCGAAGUGUGUUGUUUGGUGGCAAACCAACACAGAACAGGAAGAAUGGCCCAAAACAUCAAUCCGGAGCGGGCACAGUCAUCGAACCCAUCGAAACAGAACGAUGAAGCGCUGAUAAACAACAAUAACCAGGCCGUAAGCAAAAGACUCCAAAAAGAAUUAAUGGCGUUGAUGCUGUCAUCGGAAAAGUCCAUCUCUGCCUUCCCGGAGGGUGAAAAUUUCUUUAAAUGGAUCGGCACAAUCAGUGGCCCGGAUGAUACCGUGUAUAAGGGUCAGAAGUACAAACUACUCCUGGAAUUCCCCAACUCGUACCCAUACUCGGCACCGAACGUAAAGUUCAUCACACCCUGCUUUCACCCAAACGUCGACCUCAGCGGUUCGAUCUGCCUUGACAUCCUGAAGGAUAAAUGGUCCGCAUUGUACGACGUACGGACGAUCCUGCUCUCGAUUCAGUCUCUGCUCGGGGAGCCGAAUAACGACAGUCCACUCAACUCCCAGGCAUCCCAGUUGUGGCCGAACCAGGUCGAGUACAAAAAGUAUUUGGAUGAUUUCUACGAGAAGAAUAAGGAUUCUUAAGGUGUGCGGUGAAGCUUCCCAUACCCUCACGAUGCGUUCAAACCCUCCGCCUCUCCUACUGGAUUAUUCAACCAAUCACCAACAAGUCCCUAAUUAGUAGAACAAUUUAAUGAUAGAAGAUUAGCCAGUCAGCCUUGUCGUCGGUGAUCAGCCCAACCAUGAAUCGGACGGUGGCUCCGGAUUAUAUUGGGCCUAAUUUUUUGCCAUCGAUGAGUGAUGCGUUUUAGUAGGGAAGGAAAAACAAGUGAAAAUGGGUGGGCGAUGACUUUUUGAAGAUGAAAAUUCUUCACGUUAUUUUUUUUUAUUUUUUUCAAUAUUGCACUCCAAUGUCAUCAACGUCCUCCCUAAUUCCCAAGUCCCCCAAAAGUUCUAUUUCGUAACUGCAAAUUUUCAAAGCUCCCUAUUGCACAUUGGUCAUAUUCUAACUUUUCUCUAUUAUAAAUGCUCGCGUUUGUAAAGAUGGCGAAAAUUAAGCUCAUCCAAAUCCCUAAACCGUCAAUGGCAAUAUGAGGAGAAAUGUGUGUCUAUGGUUAGCUAUUGUUUGCUGAUUUUGUUUUACGUUAACGAUUUAGGUCUGAAGAAGGAAUUUUGAUGUGCUUAAAAUGUUGCGACUUUAGUUAACGGUGGAAGGCAGACAUGGACACUGCACCGACUUCUAAACAAAAAAGAACGUGUUUGUAUUGUA